AUACUCAUCUAUAACUUUAAUCCCUGCAAUUGUCAAACAAUCUUUACCAUCUAUCACUUUUGUCUCAGUAUUUUGAGAAUUCAAAUUUCUCCUCCUCCUCUAAACAACCCCAUGUAUUGCGAUACUUUGUACAAUUUAUUCACUCAGUCAUGCCUAUCGUUAGCUUCUGGAUUUGGGCAUUGUUAUUUUUGCUUAAAAAUAUAUUUUUUCUCUUUCUAAUCUUCAAGUUCAAUUGGCUAAUAAGGGUGUUGUCAGUUAUAGUUUGCAGUAUUUUCCCGGGAUCCGGACCCUUAACACAAUCUAUAACCACUCUAUUGCUCAUUUCCAUAUUUACCCCUGUAGAUAAACUUCACUCUCUCAUACCUGUAAAAACCACGAGGAAACCCUAAUCGAAGCCAAAUUCGGGUCUCUGCAACUCCGCUUUGGUUACCCACUGUUGAUGCAAUGGAUAUGUCAGAUGCAGUCAUUGUCAAUUCCAGCAGAUUAAAAUCUGUUGUGUGGAAUGACUUUGAUCGGGUGAAAAAGGGUGACACCUGUUUGGCUAUCUGUAGGCAUUGUAAAAAGAAACUCAGUGGAUCUAGCACUAGUGGAACAUCACAUUUGAGAAAUCAUUUAAUUAGGUGUCAGAGAAGAUCUAACCAUGGCUUGGAUCAUUAUUUUCCAUCAAGGGGAAAGAAAAAAGAGGGGACCCUUGCCCUUGUGAGUAUUGAGCAGGAACAGAAAAAGGAUGAAGUAAUUAACCUUGGGAAUAUUAAGUAUGAGCAAGAGCCAAUGAAAGAAGACACGAUUAAUGUUGGGAAUAAUAACUUUGAUCAAAGGCGGUGUCGAUAUGAUCUUGCCCGCAUGAUUAUCCUACAUGGCUACCCAUUGGCUAUGGUUGAGCAUGUUGGAUUCAGGGUAUUUGUUAAGAAUCUACAGCCACUUUUUGAACUUGUGACAUCCAACAGAGUUGAGGUUGACUGCAUGGAAAUCUAUGCAAAAGAGAAACAAAAGGUGUAUGAAGUGCUGGAUAAACUACCAGGCAAAAUCAGCAUCAGUGCUGAUGAGUGGGCUACUACAGGUGAUUCUGAGUAUUUGUGUUUGACAGCACACUUUAUUGAUGAAGAUUGGCAAUUGAAAAAGAAGACUUUGAAUUUCAUAAUGACUGAUCCUUCGCAUACAGAAGAGGUGAGUUCAGGGGUUAUAAUGACAUGUCUAAUGGAUUGGGAUAUAGAUCGUAAGUUAUUUGCAGUGACAUUUGAUAGUGGGGCUAGCAGUGACAACAUGAUCUAUAGAAUUAAAGAUAGGCUGUCUCAGAACAGAUUCCUCUAUUUAAAUGGCCAAUUGUUUGAUGUUCGCUGUGCAACAAAUGUUGUCAGUCUGAUGGUUCAAGAUGUUCUGGAAGCACUCUGUGAUGUGACGUACAAAAUUAGGGAAAGCAUUCGAUUUGUAAAAAGUUCACAAUCAACACUAGCAAAAUUCAAUGAUCUGGCCAUAGAAAUUGGAGUCGAGAGUCCUAAGUGCUUGUGCGUUGAUAAUCCAUCACAAUGGAACUCUACAUAUACAAUGCUUAAAGAUGCAUCAGGGUGCAGGGAGGUUUUUUACCGUCUGCAAGAAUAUGAACCAGACUACAGAAUGUGUCCGUCUGAUUUAGAGUGGGAGAGAGUGAGUGCCAUUAUUGACUGCUUGAAGCUCUUCGUUGAAGUUACUAAUGUUUUCACAAAGAGCAAGUAUCUGACCGCAAAUAUCUAUUUUCCUGAGAUUUGUGAUAUACAUCUGCAGUUGAUUGAAUGGUGCAAGAAUCCUGAUGAAUUUCUUAGUUCUCUGGCCAUGAAAAUGAGAAGCAAAUUUGAUGAAUACUGGGAUAAAUGCAACUUGGGUUUAGCUGUUGCUGCCAUGUUAGAUCCCCAAUUCAAGAUGAAGUUGAUGGAAUAUUACUAUCGGCUGUUAUAUGGGAGUAGUGCUACAGAGCUGAUUGAUGAUGUUUUUGAGUGCAUUAAGACGCUAUACAAUGAACAUUCUAUUGGCUCUCCAUUAGCUUCACUUGACCAAGGUCUUACUUGGCAAGUAAGUAGCUCUGGAACUUUGGUUAAUUCUGGAAAGGAUUCAAGGGACAAACUAAUGGGGUUUGACAAAUACCUAAAUGAAACUUCUCAGAGUCAAGGGUCGAAAUCAGAUCUAGACAAGUACCUGGAAGAGCCUCUCUUUCCUCGUAAUGUUGAUUUCAAUGUAUUGAAUUGGUGGAAAGUUCACACUCCAAGAUAUCCAAUCCUGUCAAUGAUGGCACGCAAUAUUUUGGGAAUCCCCAUGUCAAAAGCUGAAUCUGAAUCUGCAUUCAACAUUGGAAAGAGAAUGCUGGACCAUGAUCGAAGUUCACUGCGUCCACCUCUUGUUCAAGCUCUGAUGUGUUGUCAAGAUUGGAUGAGUGAAUGAAAGCGCGAGGUGAUGUUUUAUUAGUUAGGUUGUUAAUAGAGGCUUUUCUUGUAUCAUUUUCCAAAAGCAUCUAUUCAACUUCAGAUGUGAAGCUCAGCUACAAUCCGAAUAAAGUCAAGUCUCAAAUAUAGUGGGCGUUCCAUUACAAUAUAUAGUGGCCAACCUAACAAAUGGAUACAGUCAAUUCGUUGGCUGUGGAGAAGUAUCGUGUUACUAUU